AUGAAUGAUGACUCUAUGAUCUACAUAGACAACAGGGUCAACACAUUCAAGCAUCCUGUUGCCAAGGAUGGCAAGAAGUACACUUGGUCUGAUGUAAUUGACUUUGCCCACACAAAUGAAUUGGUCGAAGCAGGUUUUUACUAUUCACCCAUCAGGAAGACCGCAAAUCGUAUUACAUGCGCCUAUUGUCAAAAAGCAACUACUGUUGAGAGAUACCUGACUAUUGCAGAGGUUAUAUCCGAUCAUGCUAAGCGCAGUAUAAGUUGCCCGAUGGCCGGGUUUCUAAACACAUACCACUCAUGCCGUGACUUACUAGACGAUGAAAUAAAGAAACACUGGUCCAAAUCUAAAUUUCGAGAUCCUUUCAAUCAACUAUCGACCAAACUUCGAGCUAGGUUUUUCAAAAAUUUCCCAUUGGAUGGCACAGGCUAUCGACCGAACUCUAAAUCAUUAGAAGACGCUGGGUUUAUUUAUCAGCCACGUUUCGCAGGGGAUGACAGAGUAGUAUGUCCUUAUUGUCAUUGUGCACUAGAUUCCUGGGAUGAACAAGAUGAUCCAGUUGAGGAGCAUUUGAACAACACAUCAAGUUAUUGUUAUUUUUUGGUUAAAUAUGUGGAGAGGAAACAAGGUGGGAGCAAGAGACAAGAAAAGUCGCCAUUUGAUGAAUCUUUACAUUUAGACGAUUUCGAUUAUGAAAUUCCAAAUGGGGUUCGAGAAAAAACCACCGCAGGUCACACAAUGCAGAAUCUCACGAACGAAGGUGCGAAACAAGACGACGAAUCCACGCCAAGGACAAGGAGUCGUCCUGCAAGGGCAACUAUCAAGGAGGAUCCAAAUUUGAAGUAUUGGAAAAAAUUGCCUGACCAAGAUUUGCUACAAGAGUUUAUUCAAGUGUCAAAGCAUACUAAUGGAGAAACUAGAGAGAAUAAGCGAGUGACUGAUUUUGCAGGUGCUGAUGCAGGUGCUGAUGCAGGUGCUGAUGCAGGUGCUGAUGCAGUCAAUGACAAGCAAGACAUGGGAGAUAGAAAUGGUACAGUGUACGGCGAGAAUGUCAACGGAGGAGAGAAGGGGACUACUCUUGGUGGGAGGGAAGCACUAGGUGGUGGUGUUGAUGUUUACAGUGACACGCCGAUGCAUGUUGUGAAUGACAUAGAGAUGAAUGACGUUGAACAAGAUGAUUCGAUUGAUCAAUCUUUUGAUGAAAGACCGCACGGUGAUGGGCACGGGCACGAUAGUAUAGAAGCCAGCUCCAGUGACGAAUACGAUCCCACUUCUGACUCAUUUCAACCGACAAACGACUCAGAGUCUGUUGCCGAAAUUGUACCAAAGCAGACUAAGAAAAAGUCAUUUAAGACAAACAAAACUGAGAAAAAGGCGAUAGUCCCCAACGAGGAGCCAAAGUCCAAUAAACGGGCUGGGGACAGCUUAUCGCCCAUACGUCGCAAAAAAAUCAUUAAGCGGACCACGCCAGCACCUGCUUUUGAAGACAGUUCAACUGACCAAGAUUACAACGAAGCUCAUAUUGUGAAAUUAGAGAAACGAGUAAUACAAUCAAACACCGUUUUGGCUAUGGAGGACAAAAGCUUUGAACAGCUGGAAUCAUUCACUCCUCCAGUUCGCAUGUCUCCUACUAAAUUGUCAGAACUGCCUAAGAAACUUGAUUCUGCAAAACGAAGCAUUUUCGAUGUGUCGUGGGAUAUCACCAGUGAAAGUAUUGAGGGUGAAGUGAAGAAGAGGUCAAGUAAUGCCAAGCCAGUACAUAAUGGAGGUGGGGACAUGCAUCUUAGUGGUGUCGAAAAGAAGGAUGUGGCUAACGCAGGAAAUUCAAACAAUGGAAGUAUAUCACGAGACACUCACCCCGUUAUGGAGUCUCACGACGUGAUCAAAGCACAGAAGGAAGAUCUGAUAAAUAAACCUGAAGCUGGUACUUUGGGUGCAGAAACAAUUCAAGGACACAGCACGGCCAAUAAUUCAAUGUUAGAUUCAAAUGAUAAGGAAGUUGGUGAUGAGGUAUCGGCAAAGGUGGACGUACAUCAUGGGCUUGAGGAAAAAGACGUUGAGGCUAACACACCAAAGGGCUCCACAUGUGCUAACACUAAUCAACAGCAAGCGGACACACACAAGAGCUCAGGACCCGCACAUGAAGGCAAACAUGUCGCGCAGGAGGAUAACUCCAGCAAUCAAUCACAAAUAGCCGCCUCUCAUCCUGAGGCUUCACCUAUAAGUAGUGACUCUGAACUGGAUUACUCAGAAUAUCUCAACGAGAUUAAUGACAUUGACAAGCAUUUUGAGGUUGAUGACAAAGUCGAGGAAGAUGAUUUGGGAGAUGAUUUCAAACAACAAGCAGCAACUGAGAGACGUAAAGAGAUGCAGAGUUCUAUUGUGGGAAGCCAUGUUAAUGGCGACCAUGGGUUGAUCCAACUGGCAGAUGCAGAUGACAUCGAGCUGGUGGCUCCGAACGGCGUGUCAGGUGAGGCUGUUGAACAAAAGUCUCGUACUAUACUCAGCCCACACACUUCUCUCCCAAACAAGAGCACGGAGGUCAGCAAUAUACAUGAUGGCACUCAUAUCUCAACCCACCUACGAGACAACAACGUGGAUAGUGGUGGAUUGCGUGAAAGCAUUGCACAAGGUGAGUCUAAACCUAAAAGUGAUGACCGUAGCAUGGUUGUCGCACAUGCCUCCCCUAAAGAUGUACCAAUAACUGCCACGGCAGACGCCGAGCCAAGUCCCCAGACGCACGAAUUCAAUAAUGAGCGCACAAGAGCAAGCUCGAAAGAGAAUUCUGGACUUGACAAAGACGAAACACCAGAUGAUACAUCGGACCGUUCUGGCCCUCUAGCGAUGGAUUCGCUUUUGAACGACGAUGAGAAUAUUGCAGCAGAAUUGACACAACCGAUAUCGGCAUCUAAAUGGGAGACAAAGUCUAUGCAAAGAUUUGUACAACAAAUGCACAACUUGGACACCAGCUCAAGAGAGCUAAAGACUCUAGCCAGCUCCAAGUAUGAUCUUCAUGACGAUAUUGAUGGUGAGUUGACCAGAUUCAUUGCUGAAAUGCCCGAAGAAGAGGAGCGAAUGACUAUUGAGCAAUGGGUAGAACAUUGUGCCACCAACUGCAGGGACAUUGUAGCACAGUCAAUCAGAGAGAUGAAUCAGUAUAUUCUCGAUGAUGUUGAUGACAUUGUCCAGGAUCAAACAUUAGUUCAGGAAUUGCUCAACGAAUUGCAUAGCGUGAAGGGGACCAUCAACAAGGGAGGCAAUUUUCUAUUCUCACAAUCCAAUCCCGAUCCAAUUCACGCCCUAUCUGAUUCUGCAUCAUUAAACUCACAAAACAACGACAACAAUAAUAAUAGUGGGUCAAACAAAGAAGCAAAGGGGAUUAAAUUGAUCGAACUCUUAGUGCAGCCUCAUAUACUACUGGGCCUUAUUGAGAUUUUAGAAAAGAGUGUGGAUUUCUUUUAUCAGCAAGGACUUAAGGAAGAUGAAAAUGUUCAGAAGACAAUAAUGGACCAUACUCCAACAACUGAUUUGGAGGAAGUUGACGAAAUAAAUGAAGCAAAAGAUCAAGACAAGGAUGAAGCAUUUCGGAAAUCUGUUCAAGCAGCAGCUGAUAUCCUUUCAUUCGAUAUUUGGAUCAUCCCAAAUAGGAUAAUAGAAACGCCGAAUCUUAUAAACAAGCUAUGGCUGAUAUUGAAAUUGGAGCAUUUACAGGAAAACUACCCCAGUGUAUCGUACCUUGUGCAUAUUUUGGAUCAGCUAUUGGAAUGUAACAGUAUUGAGCUUUUGAAUUUUGUUAGAAGACAAGAUGAUCUCGUCGAUACCUUCUUGGCUAAAAUCGAGGUUCCAGCAAUAAUGGACUAUUUCUUUCGAAUAAUACAAACGGAUAAACCAGAUUCGCCCACUGGGAUACUUGACACGAUCGCACAACAAGGCGUUAUUAUGAAAUUGGUGGAUAUUUUGAAACCUCAGCCUGUCCAAUUUGACAACGCACCAUAUAUCCCUGAUCAUCAGCUAUAUUUUCGCCAGAGUUCAGCAACGGAUUUUCUAAAAGCUUUGAUCACUAUAUCAUCCAAUGCUGCUUUGGCUGUUGUAAUGGAAACAAACAUCGGACCGAAUCAGCUAACGCGACAAUUGGUGUCUCCUGAAGUGGUGAACAUCAUUAUACACGACAUAAUGUUGAAGAGAGUGCAGGGGAAAAAUGGCAAUACUCAGACCAAUAAGCAUGGAAUCAACAAUUGCGUUAGUAUAGUUAUCGAACUCAUCAGAAAGAAUAAUUCUGACUAUGACUUAAACUGUGGCUCAUACAGUUCCAUGUUGCAAAGCGACGAUGGAGGACCUGGGGAAAUCAACUCGUAUGUCAUGUUUCAAUGGCUCAAAGAUCUCGAACAAAACCCACCAGGACCAAGAGACCCCAUUUAUUUAGGAGACAUGUUGGAAAUUUUCUCUGAGAACUUGCGUGAAUUUGGGGAAUUACUAGAAAUUGAACCAAUUCCACCAAAUGGAGUGACUUCAGACAUUUUGGGAUUUACGAGAUUCAAAAUAUCCGAGCUCAUUGCUGAGCUUCUUCAUUGCUCAAAUAUGACUCUAUUGAAUUCGAAAAGAAUCAGGAAAAUCAUCAGUAUUCGAGAUCAUAUUCGGCUACAACAGUCGAAGCGGUUGAGAAGAGCUUUAGACGAAAAGAUUGCAUUCGUGGAGACCCCUAACAUCAGCGAUGUUACAUCUGGGUUAGACGAUGUGUCGUUGGAUGACGUCCAAUUUGCCGAAGAAGACAAGCAUGACUAUUCUAAUCUAAUCAAAAAUAUCGAGUCAAUUGAAGAUUCAGAAGAUGAGGAGCCUUCCAUAUCGCCAGAAAAUCCAUUCGUUUGCGAAGAGAGAAACAAGACUAUUAGACUGGAUCCUUGUGUAGGUGACUUGUUCAAGAUCAAACUCAUUGAUCUGAAGGUUUUGUUGAGUAUUGUUAGCAAGUUUACAAAGUACAAGUGGAACAAUUUUUUCCACAAUGUGGUUUUUGACUUGGUACAACAGGUAUUCAAUGGCAAACUCAACUCAUACAAUUCUUUUUUGAUUGUGGAACUAUUCAAAAAGGAUCAGUGCGAUUUGACAAAUUUGAUUGUAAGAUCGUAUGAAACUGAAGUUGACCCUCGCCCGGGAUACAUGGGGCAUUUGAUUCUCAUAGGGGAGGAGAUUGUCAAGUUUACAUCUUUGUACAAACCGGAUCUUAUAUCCCACACAAUAGUUGAAGCUGUCCUGAGUGAAAAAUGGAAUUGGUUUGUCAAUGACAUCUUGACCAAGACGAGGGAGGUUUACAACGUUGUUUUGGGUGCAGACGAAGGGGACACAUUUGAGAAUUCUGAAGACUAUGUUGACCCUAAUGAACCAAAGAAGAUCAUUCUUGGCGACACUUUGAAUCAUGAAGAGUUUGUCCAUGACGGUGAAAAUGAACAUGAAAAUGAAAAUGAAGAUGAGGACGAGGACGAGGACAUGGAGGGUCCUAAAGUGGCUGACGUCGAAGUAGGGAAAAUGACUCCGAGUAGGGAUAUAACUCCACACCCCGUGGAUGAUGACGAAGAACUAGAAGAUGCAUUAGAUGCAAAUGGGGCAGAUCAUUUAUCGGGAAGCUCGUCUGAUGAAGAUGAGGAUGAUGACAGCAACGAAUUACGAAGAGUGUCUAAGCAUAAUGAGUAA